AUGCUGGGACUUGCCGAGUGGGUGUUUCUGGCUCAGUCCAUUGCUCAGUUCCUUCUGGGGCUGCUGGCGAAUGGUUUCAUUGGGCUGUUCAAUGGCCGUGGAUGGCUCAAGAGCAAGAGAAUCUCGUUGUAUGACUCGAUCGUCACCACCCUGGCCCUCUCCCGGAUGGUUCUGCUGUGGGUUCUCCUGUUUGAUGGGGUUUUGAUGUUAUUCUCUCCCAACGAACAUGAGAGAGGGAUUGUCAUGAAGCUGAUCGAUCUCUUCUGGACAUUUACAAAUCAUCUGAGCAUCUGGCUCACCACCUGUCUGGGUGUCCUGUACUGCCUGAAGAUCGCCAGUUUCUCCCACCCCACUUUCCUCUGGCUCAAGUGGAGGGUCUCCAGGGUGGUCUUGUGGAUGCUGCUGGGUUCCCUAUUCUUGUCCUUGGGAAGUACUCUGUCUCUGAUCCGUGAAUUUAAGGACCACUCCGGCGUCACAGAGAAUGUGACAAGUGAUAUCAGAAAGAAGAGUCAUGAAUACAAGGUGCUCCAUUUUCUUGAAAUUUUGUGGUUCCUCCCUCCCUUGGCUGUGCCCCUGGCCUCCUACUUUCUGCUCAGCCUUUCCCAGACACACACCCAUCAGAUGCAGCACCCUGUGUCUGGCUCCAGGGACCCCAGCACCGUAGCCCACAAGAGGGCCAUCAGUGUCAUCUUCUCCUUCCUCUUCCUCUCCCUGCUCUAUUUCCUUUCCUUUUCAGUCGCAUCGCCCAGUUAUUUCUUUCCAGCAACCAAGGUGGUAUCGAUGACCACAGAAGCCGCCACAAUGCUGUAUCCUAUGGGCCACUCAUUGAUCCUCAUUCUGGGGAAGCCUAAGCUGAGGCAGGCAUUUGUGAGGCUGUUCCAGUUUGAGUCUGGCAUGUGA